AUGGCGACCCAAUCACUACCCUCUACGCCUAAACCGGCCUCUGGAGUGGCCACUCCUCAGUCUGGCACCCCGGGAAAAUGGCGCCAUCCCCAGUUGAACGAGAUCGUUCGGCGGCAAAAUGCAGCUACCUUUGGCGAUAAGAACGUGCGGAAGUUGGUUUGGAAUGGAGUUGCAUUAGUGAUAGUUUGGGGGUUGGGGAAUACGCUCAAAGUAUACUCGCGCCAAUUAUUCAACAGCAACCCGUUCUACGAUGAGUUCGGACUGGUCUUUCUGCAACUGUUUCUCCUCUUCAACAUCCUCGCGGCCUUGUAUCCUCUCUUCCGGCCCAAGGACGAUCUCUCCGACAUCCCACUCACCCCCACACAACGCGCUCUUCUUGGCCUAGAUCCCACGGUGACGCCGCCAGUGACGCCUGGGACCACCUUCGUGACCCCUCCGCGAUACCGGCUUUCGACCUCGCGCAAGGCCAGUCCGGCGAGCCGACAGAGCGUCUCGCCGAUGUCUGCAACGCCCAGCUUCUCUGACCGUCGCGUCUCUACCGGGUCGCCUUUUUCGCCGGCAUCGAGCCCUCUGCUGCAUAAAGCUACUUUCAAUGGAGGUCGCGAAAGUGGUCGAAGACAGAGCAUUGGGUCCGCGUCACCUCUCGCGCGGUCCUCGUUCGGGGAGUCCAGCGUUGGGCCUAGUUCUCCGUCUCCGCUGGGAGCGAUGGGGGCCUCCGAGUCCAAGCUCGUCUUCAAGCAGGGCAUCUUCCGCCUCUCCGAGGAGCAGGAGAUCCCUGCGGACGACCCUUACUGGACCAGGUUUUGGGAACUCCCCGAAUCCACAGAGGACGUCUUCAGCCUAUUCACGCCCGCCGAUAUUCGACGAACCCGAGACCGUGCCUUAUCGAACUUUGAAACACUGCUCUUGUCAGUAACAUCUCGCCUGAUCGUUCUUAAGAACCAUCCUUCCUUCCCUGACCCCGACCUGGCCCCCGACCGCGAUGCGCUCAACUGCAUUCGCAUCCUCACCCGGCUCCUCCCCUUUGUCUACGAAGCAGAACACCUGGAGGAAUGGGAAGAGAAGUUCUUCUGGGCGCGGCGAAGGAAGAAGACCCGGCAGGCCCAGAUCUCCGGGGAAGUGCUUUUUGACGAAGCACAGCCAGACGACCAGGACCGAACGAACCCGCGCACCGAAGAAUAUGAGGAUGUCAAGCCGUUGGCCGAAGAGUUAAUGGAUACCUUAUUGGAACUGCUGUUCUUUGCGGAUUUUACUAUCCCACAACUUCCAACGGCGAAAAGCAAGAUCUCGUACUCGAUCUGGCAGAGUGGUGUUGGCUGCAAUACAGCGAUGGGAUCGAACAAGACCCUGGAAAGCAAUCGAUGCGAGAUCCUGCGGCUGUUGUUGACCAUCACCGGCAAGGCCAUGUACAUGCCUUCCAGUACCUUGCCUGUGCAGGGUGUCAGGGCUAUCACCUAUAUGACAACCUGCCAAGACAAACAGUCUGUUCUGACUCUCCUCUGCUCUCUUCUGAACACAGCCAUGAAAUACAACCCUGCAUCAUGGAGAGUCCCGUACGACCAUGUUGUGUGGAAGGAUCCGAAACAGAUUCUAGUCAUAUAUUGCUUGCAAUUGCUCCUCGUCCUUCUUUUAUAUCCCAUUCCAGAGGAUGGUCGGGGAGCUCCACCGAAGAACUACUACCGUCAUUACUUUGGCAGACUGCAUCGGCCCCAGGAUUUCCAGUUCCUGGUGGAUGGGAUGACGCGGAUUCUAGACCAGCCAAUGCAGGCUACAACUUCCUAUCUUCCCGGGAGUAAAGGGCCGGUGAAGUGGGCGCCGGAGAUGUUGAUCCUGUUCUGGGAAACCGUGCAAUGCAACAAGCGAUUCCGGUCGUUCAUCGUUGAUUCCAACCGUUCGCACGAUUUCCUCAUUCUGUGCAUUUUCUACGCCAUGGAGUAUCGACUGGAUGCAUCCAAACAAGGAAUUGUUCGGAUGUGCAUUUUCAUCCUCCAGACCAUGAGUGUUGAGCCCACGUUUGCCAAGAGCUUAAACAAAAAGUUCGAGGCCCAAGAGACUCUGCCACAGUCGAUACGCCUCAUGAAAUUCCGAGGCUCGUAUGCCGACUUCCUGAUCAUGUCAAUCCAUACGCUCAUGACAACGAGCAAGGGAAAACUAGAUACCGUCUAUCCCGCACUUCUGGUGGUCAUCAACAAUAUCGCGCCAUACAUCGAGCACAUCUCUCCGAGCGCCUGUUCCAAAGUCCUACAACUCUUCUCCUCGAUGUCGGCACCCAGCUUCUUGUUGGCGAAUGAAACUAAUCAUACGCUUCUUGCAUCAUUGCUUGAUUUCAUCAGCACUGUUCUGGAACACAAGUUCUCGGAAAACCCGUAUCUCGUGUAUGCAAUCUUGAAAUACAGGCAACGAUUUGAGGCUGUGCGGGCCUUCACACUGGAAAGUGGUCAACAAGAGAUCGAACGGCAGAAUGAGAGAAGAAAAGCUGGGGGUGCCCAGAGCGACGUGGUCGCCAGCCCAUCGCUUUCGCACUCCGAGGAAGACCUCCACACUCCCUCUGGCGCCCGGUCGCCCUUGACUCGUAUCCCUGAGGAGAACAGUCCGUUUUCCAUUGGUGGCGAUGAUGAUUCCGAUGAUGAUGGGGAAGGGCAGCACACGCCAUCCCAGUCAUCUCCCUCCAUUCAAACCUCGCGAAGGCCAUCCGUCUCUUCCACUGCGGAAGAAAGCAGUGUUCAACAGUUGAGGAUUUCGGAGAAGGCACGGGGUAAGAUGCCGGCAGGACGGCCGGGUCUUUCUCGGCAAAACAGUAUGACCAGUCAGAGCAGCAUGUCUGCUCUGUUCUCUGCCCCUUCUGCUGGCUUCACGCCGACUGUCCCCUGGCUCGAAUCAUGGCUGCCAGAGCUCCCCCUUCACACGACCCUAACCAUCAUCUCCGCCAUUGCUCCUCAUAUCCCCGAUGUAGCCCUCGAGUCGACUGCCAACUCCGAGGCACGGACCCUCAUCACCAACCUCCCCUCUUUCGUCCACGAGCCGCAGGUCAAAAGCAUCAUCUCCGAGCCCACGUCGAUCCGCGCACAGCCUUUCGAAUGGUCUGCGCUGUCGAUGGGCUGGUACGAGUCACUGCUAUGGGGUUUCAUUUUCUCGAGCGAGAUGGUGGUCGGUUCAGCCGCGGGCGCAACACCAGGCACCGUGGGUGUGUGGAAUGGCACAUCGAUCCGACUUUUCAGGGUUCAAGAGGCUGCCGCCCAGGGCCCUACGCUGUUUGCUCCCAAGGGGGCCGUCGAUGCCGUCGGAAGCAACCUCGUUCAGCGCAUCGGUAACCUCAGUCUCAGAGGACGCAACUCGAUGUCUCAGGAGCCCCCUAGCAGUACGCCGUCGAGUGUUCGGGAAGUGUAG